AUCACUGGAAUGGCUUCAAUGACUUCCUCUUCCACGAAUUCCGCCCUUCAAAAUCCAAGAAUUUUAACGUCUCUACCACAAAUUUUAUCUUCCAUUUCAGCUCAUCAAUCUGAGGAAGUCGAGCUCUCAAAUUCGCUUUCCGACCUUUUAUCCGCUCAACAACCUAUCGCUGACGCACUUGAUCGACUCCACGGCCUUGUUCCACACCUACAAUUGCUGUCGAAGGAUGCCAUUGCUCUGUCCAACAAGGUCUCAUCCACCGCAAGAACCGCUAAUCGCAUCGGUGGUCGGGUACAGUUACUAGACGAGGAAAUGAGACGAAUAAGGGAAGCCUCAGACCGUGUAGGACAAGUCAUAGACCUCAAGGCAUCUCUGGUCGAGCUGAAAAUAGCAAUGGAAAACCGAGACUGGGAGACCGCGACUCGUCACUGUGCACGGGCAAUGUCUGUAUCGCCCCAAAUCAUCUCAGGUGCAUUUGCCCAAGUCGCAGUGCCUACCUCCGAUAGCCAUUUACCGCCAGCCCAGACACUUGGAGCCGCCCGUGAGGAACUCCUCAAAAUUUUUCUUCGCAACUUCGAGCAAGCAUCCCAAGCAAAAGACGCGACUGCGACCAGCCGAUUUUUUAAGCUGUUUCCCGCAAUCGGUUGGGAGAGAGAAGGUUUGGAGGUAUACGCGUCGUUCGUCGUAGACUUGGUUCGAGUAAGGUCACCUGUGGCUACAAAAUCCUCAUCUCCAUUGUACUUUAUCGCUGCCCUGACCGCUCUUUUCGAGAGUGUGGCAAUGAUUAUUGAUCAACAUACGCCUGUCGUCGAGAAAUACUACGGAGAGGGUAAGAUGAAGCAAGUAAUAGAACGACUGCUGCAGGAAUGUGAUAGAGUGAUUAGCGGGAUUAUAGAAAGAUGGGAGGAGGAGAGAACAAUCAGCCGAAAACUUUCCGAUGUACAAAGUGUCCAAACUUCAUCCCCGACCAACCGCAGGCAGACUUCAAACAUUUCCACUGAGGACGAUGUGUUAGAUCCAAGAGAAAUAGACAAGCUAUUAGUGGAAAUGUCUGGCAUUGUUGGGCGCUGGAGUCUGUUCAAGAUUUAUUUGUUUGACAGUGACCUGGAAUCGAGUCAAGAUAGAGAGCCUUCCAAUGAAGCUUCUCGUCAUGCCUCCCUCGUAGAGUCCACUCCGUCUCAGGUGCGAUUCGAGCAUCUGUUGACGACAUGCUAUAUUCCGAUGGAAGUUUGGUACAUCCGGACAAUCAUUGACAAGGCUCAUCGGAUGUCAAGCCUCGAUUCAACGCAAGCUGUGGUCAUAACGACGACCCCGGACGACGUGUUCUACGUGCUCAAAGUUGUGAUUGCCAGACUUUAUUCGACUGGCUCGUUAACGACCGUCCAGCGGCUGAUGCAGAAGCUACGGGAGGUUUUGGAAGAAGACUACAUCAACGUUUUGAAAAAGAAACUGCAAGACGUAUACCGCAAUGCGCCGGUGGGUCAAAGCACAAACCAAAAGUCCGAACGAGAAAACCGGCACGCCUAUAUAGUAAUUCUGAACGAUCUCGAUGUGUCAUCGUCACAUUUGGAUCGUCUCUGUAAAGAUUUAACGACAACAGGUCCAAUAAACCAAUUCUUUAUGUUUUCGCAGCAGUCCACCGCGAAAGAACAACUUGCCACGUUCUCUACUCUAACAACGAAGUUCCGGUCGACCACUCGGGUGGGCGUAGAACAGCUGUUCAACCAACUGGUUCGGCCGAAAUUGAAAACAUUUAUCAAUGAAGUUUACAAGGAUGUAUCGUAUGUCUUGGAUGAUGACGGAUACUCAAAUGCGGAGUAUCACGACUUGGUCCGAAAACGUUUCGUGAAGAGAUGGGAACAGUUAACUGAGGGAUAUAGGGACAUGCUCUCGGAGAGUAAUUUUCGGAUCUUCUUUGUGCUCCUAUUGGACGUCGUUCUUCGGCCUUGGGAAAAGUUCAUGUUGGGCUUCAAGUUCACCGAGCUUGGGGCGAUUCGCUUCGAUCGUGAUUUACGUGCGAUAAUAACCUAUCUUUCUCCUCAUAAUGUUUUUGGGGAUGCACGCGAAAAAUUUGUUCGCCUACAGCAAAUGUCGACGCUGUUAAACUUGGAUAACGAAGAAGACGUGGACGAAUUUUACAACGGGUCGGGUAUUUCUUGGAAGUUGACUGCACAGGAAGCUCGGACCAUCUCGGCCCUAAAAAUUUGA